UCGUUAUCUGUCAUUCGCUUGUCAAAUAUCAAAACAGCCCAAUUUUGGGUAAAAAAAAUGUACCAAAACGCUUGCGGGGCCGCGGCGGCAAGUGCUGGGGGCUGCGUGGAAACGGACCGCGACUGCCACAGCCUAAUUUCAAAAGAAUCCACUGUGCCGGCCGUGGAGCACGACUAUAGCGGUUUUGAUAUCGUUAAAGCCACACAAUAUGGGGCCUAUAUGCGAGUAAAAGAGCUGGUGGAAGCCGGAUACAACGUAAAUCAAAGAGAUAGUGAGACUGUAACCCUAUUGCAUUGGGCAGCCAUAAAUAACCGUAAAGCAAUAAUUAGGUUUUUUAUUGAGAAAGGGGCUGAGGUAGACGCUGUUGGGGGCGAGUUAAACGCGACUCCCUUGCACUGGGCUACAAGACAGGGCCACCUAGAUGCCAUAGUGAUUUUAAUGAAUGCCGGGUCCGAUCCCACACUGAGAGAUGCUGAAGGGUGUUCUUGCAUACAUUUGGCGGCGCAGUUUGGGCACACGGCGUUGGUGGCGUAUUUUGUGGCGCGCGGGGUCAGCCCCGAUCUAACCGAUAGGUCGGGUAUGACCCCCUUGAUGUGGAGCGUGUGGAAAGUGUGCAGCUUGGACCCGUCGAGGCUGCUGCUCACUUUGGGUGCAUCGCCCAAUUUGAGUGAUCAACAAGGCAAUACUGCCCUGCACUGGGCUAUUUUGGCUAGGAAUACCACAGCAAUAUCCACUUUAAUUUUACAGGGACAUGCCAGUUUAAAUGUACCAAACCACAGGGGCGAUACGCCCUUAUCUAUGUUGCAAUCGCAGGUCGGUUCGAUGUGGGUUAGUCAGAAGGUUUCUGAACAUAUUAGGGAUCAAACAAGUUUGAUGAAUUCAAAAAAUUUUGUCAAGAGAAUAGCUAAAGAUAAGAGACUAAAAUGGUGGUGCAUGGUUGGCACCCCUUUCAUGGCCUUCUACAUAGCCGGAGCAAUACUGAGCACAAACCUGAUAGUGCUGAUAAAAAUAUUCCUGCUGGUUUGCCUCUACAUCGUAAUCCACUACGUCGGCCGUAUUUUGUACGACGACCGGCUGAUGGCGCUGCUACCGCUCAGUAUUUAUUUAUCCACCAAGAUGUGGAUGUACUUCACCUGGUUCAUAUACCUCAUGCAGUUUACGACUUUGAUGACCACGGUCAUUUUCGUUUCCAGUUCCAUGCUGUUGUGGUAUUGUUUCGUUAAAUCGUGGCUUGGAGACUCUGGCAUCAUAUCCACCACGCAACAAACGCAAUUUAGGACAAUUAUUGAUUUGGCAGAACGAGGCCCUGGAGGUUUUGAACCGUCAACUUUUUGCUCGGCCUGUUUAGUUCGAAGGCCUUUAAGAUCAAAACAUUGUUCGGUUUGCAAUCACUGUGUGGCCAGAUUCGAUCAUCAUUGUCCUUGGGUUGCAAAUUGUAUUGGGGCGAAAAAUCACAAACACUUCGUCGGCUUCCUGGCGUGUUUGGUGAUGAUGUGCUCGCAACUUUUGUACGGUUCCGUGGAAUUUUGGCGCAACGAACCCAAGUGCAACGUAACCUCGGUCGACAGCGGUUUUAUCGAAGCCGUAAUCGCCGUAGGGCAGUGCGACACGUGGGUGGCCUGGGUGGCUCUGAACGCCCUCUUCCAUUGCGUAUGGGUGUUCAUGCUCUUCAUAUGUCAGAUGUACCAGAUCACUUGUUUGGGAAUGACGACCAACGAGAGGAUGAACAAGGGCCGCUACGGCCAUUUCAUAGCCAAUCAGGGCAAGAGUCCUUUCAGCAAAGGUCCAAUCACGAACCUGGCGGAAUUUUUCGAGUGCAGCUGCUUCGGGAUGCUGAAACCGGACGCGCGCGAUUGGUUGAACAGCUUCGAAGUGGACAAGAGCAUCGAAAAGCAACCGCUGCUCCGGCAAAAGGACAACUACCAGUACGUGUGAGGUUAGGUGAGUAGUAGAAUAUAAAUAUAAUUUGCUGGAUCUGGUUAGUUGAAGCAGGUCUUGCCAAUUUACGAAUCCAAAGAAAGAACUGAUUUUUUAACCCGUUUGAAAAAUUGAUUGUGAUCGUUUUAAUUUUGACUCUCUAGGUAUUUACAUUCCAGUGGCAUUUUAUAUUCUAUUAAAAGUUUAUUUUAACUUUCAACCAACUAAAAUCUUAAUGUUAAAACUUAAUAAUUAAGCGCUAAAUUCAUCCUAUAAAUGUAAAUUUGUAAAUUUGUUUUUUACAUAUCACAUGUAAAAUUUACUUUUAAAACUCUAGUCAAUAAUUGUACUUAUGCACUGUAAAUAGGGGUCACUGUAAAUUUUCAAGGGGCACAAUUUAAUUUGUCUUCCCUAAAAAAUAACUUUCAUCAGAAGACAAUUUUUAUUUAUUUAUCAUUUUUUUAUCAAAUGCAUGGUCACCUAAGAACAAAUGUUAUAUCACAUAUUCGACAAUAAAAUAAAUCGUUAAAUUUGUAUUCAGUAUUUAUUUUUUAUUGUGUAGGUAUCACAUAUAAAAAAUUGUAUUUUCGAGCUUUGUGUGCUCAUAUUUAAUAAUUGUUGCUUUUUGCUCACAAAAUACCAAAAAAAUAAUCACCAAUAAUUAAAAUAGUUUAAAACGCAAUGUAUUUUAUGUAUAUAUUGAAUGUUUAAAUAAAUUUCUUUUUUGUA